AUGGACUCAAGAUAUCGUUUUUCAGCAAAUAUACCAAAUCGUUAUGACCAAAUAUCAAAUAAUAAUAACUCGAAUCAUAUGAAUAAUCGAAGUCGUGUAACUCCAACAUCCAAUCGUUAUUUUCAUCGAGUUUCACCCAUAUUUCCUCCUCAUCAUCAACAACGCCUUCAUAAUCCAUCACCAGUAUUAUCUUCAUCAUAUUUGGGCCCAUUACAACAACAUCGACCACGUUUUCUUUCCACAUGGGAUCUUACUCCAACGCCAACUAUUUAUCUUUCGUCACGCAAUAUUGCAACGACUACACCGACACCGACAUCAGUGUCGAUGCCACAGGAUGAGGGUGCGUGUAUCUUGAACAGUUGUGCUGUUUAUUUCUUCUUCUAA